GAAAAAGAUGAGACCACCAGCGUAUAAUGCCGAAGAGGUACAACAGAUUCCUCAAGAGCAAGGAGAAAGGAACGUCGCCAUGGCUGUUUGCGUUCAAUUGGCGGGUCGAGCGAUUAUUAGGGUAGUUUCGCGAUGCGAGGAAGCUCAAGACAAUUGUAAUUUAGAUUUGUCUGAAUGUCAAUUAAUGCAAAUACCAGAUGCAGUUUAUCAUUUGAUGAGACAUACAGAAUUGAAAAGAUGCGAUUUGUCUGGUAAUGUUAUAACAAAGAUCCCACCAAAAUUUGCAGUGAAAUUUUCUCUUAUCACUGAACUCAAUCUAAGUCACAAUCAAAUGAGUAAACUGCCAGAAGAGCUUGCCGAACUUCAAGCAUUGGAAAGACUCAACAUUUCGCAUAAUACUUUUAUCGCUUUGCCACCUGUUACCUGCCAGAUACCUCAACUUAAACGACUUCUUGCCAAUAAUAACUCCAUCAUCGACGUUGAUGUUGAGAGAAUUAAACAUGCACCAGCAUUGGAAUACAUAGAUUUGCAAGCAAAUCCAUUAACACCAAGAAUGUAUGAUCUUCUAAGUACCUUGACUCGUAUCAGAGUGGAAUUAACUCCACGGCAAGUAGAAGAAUGGGAAGAUUUGACGGUCUGAAACUGAUCUGCAGUCUAACUUUAGUUUGAUGAAAGAAGAAAGAAGAAAGAGAGAGACAUUAAUUUUGUUAAAAAAAGAGCCAGCUGGAAGCUUUCACUUUUUACAAAUAAGCUUUACAGCACAACGUUCUCAGCAGAGAUUUGUUUAAGACUGCAAGACGCAAUCCUUGCAUAGUUUAAGAAUUUAACAAAUAUUUUGUACAGUGAUAAUAUACAUUUUGACUGACAGUAAGCGAAUAUGCAAGCGAAUGUAUUAUAUAUUUACACACACACACAGACACACACACAAGUAUUGAUCGAUUUCUAUUUUAAAAUGAUGAUUUUAAACUUUUCAAUUAUUUGCAUCUCAUUAUUCGAGAUCUCAAUAAUAUUUCCGAUUCGCAUUUAAUCGAAUUGGGGAAACCGAUUGCUCUUUUUAGUAAUAUUUUUUCUUAGACUUAGUUUUUUAUCUACUUGUAUGUCUCUUCGAUGUGUUCUAAUCGAUAACCGCUAAAAAAUCACAAAAGAAAGAAAAUUAUUUCUUUUAUUUGACAAAUUUUUUUCUGAUAUAUGAAAAAGAGUAAAAUCUAUUUAUUUACUUCAUUUUAUGUAUUUCAGGACUAUAUUAACAAUGUACAACUGCCAAUGUUGCGGUUGAUCGAUCUUUGACAAUAAUAUUGAUUUUCUUUUAAUAAAAGAAAAAGAUAACAAAUCUUUAUUAUAUAUAUAUAUAUAUAUAUAUAUAUAUAUAUAUAUAUAUCUUUUAUAUAUAUAUAUAUAUAAAACUAAAUAGUAUAUAUAUAAGCAAAAAAAAUUAUAUCUGAAAAUAACAAAUGACAUGUUAAAAUCGCCUCUGCGAUUAUUUAUAUUUGUAAUUGUAUAAAAAAGAAAAAAAGAAAUUAAUUUGUAAAUGUAUGUGCAUAUACAUAUACGCAAAAAUGUAAAUUUAACACACUAUCGUAACGUAUUGUUAAUCUAGUCAACAAUUCCUGGGACAUUGCAAUAAUGUACUUAAAAAAAUGAGAGAGAGAGAUAGAGAGGGAGAAAGAAAAACAAAAACAAAAUUAGUUGUUUCCUUCACUCUCUUAAUCAAUAAAUAAAUGUAAUAAAAAGAAAACAAAUAAAAUAAAAAAAAGAAAUCUGAUGCUACCUUGAUCUUUAUUGACAUCAAAGUGUGUGUAUAUGUCAUAUCAGAGCACACAUACAUUAUACAUAUGCAUACAUAUGUACUCACACAAGUUUCUUUUCUCUGUUUCGAAGUUUAUUUUUCGAACAAUAAUAAUAAUAAUACUACUAAUAAUAAUAAUAAUAAUAAUAAUAAUAAUAAUAAUAAUAAUAAUAAUAAUAAUAAUAAAAAUUAAUAAUCUACAACAUAAUCAAUAUAUAACAUUGUGUGUGAGUAAUAUGUUCUCAUAUUUUAAUGUAGAAAUCUGAGUCACUUUAACUUGCGACAUACAAGUAGUAGACGUAUGCUAGUCAUAUACAACACGUGUAAAUGAGUUAUAUUGGUUUACUACAUAUAUUUUCUUAUUAACAUAAUAAAAUAAUAUAAUAAUAAUAAUAAUAAUGAUAAUAAUAAUAAUAAUAAUAAUAAUAAUAAUAAUAAUAAAAUGUGUAAUGAGUCGCAAAAUUAAUUAUCUACAAUACUUGUUCGUCGUUAUGAAAUCACAAAAAAAUAUACAUUACAAAAUAAUAAUAAUAAUAAUAAUAAUAAUAAUAAUAAUAAUAAUAAUAAUAAUAAUAAUAAUAAUGAUAAUAAUUAUUAUUAUUAAAACAAUAAU